AAGAAGCAGCGGGUGGCGGGAGAUUUAUGGUCCUUUUGUCAAUAUGCAUUAAUGUAUCGAGGUCAGGUCUACACGCAUGCGUACUACGGUGCGUUCGCUCAGCAUGUAGCAGCCUCACCAGCAGGGAGGAGGUAGAUGAGGAGGAGGAAGAGGAAGAGGAGGAGGAGGAGGUGUCGGAUGAUUGUGUCCAGUGUCGGCGUUGUUGCUCAGAUCAGACAGUCCUGAAGUCGGAGCUCUUCACUGGGAAACUCACUUGUCCGACUCCAUCAUGGCUCUAAACGUGGCUGGUGUGACGGUGAUGAUGCUCUUCUACCUGCUGGUUCUCUUCAUCGGCAUCUGGGCUUCAGUCAAGUCCCGGCGGGAGGCGGAGAAGAGCCGCGACGGGGACCGGACAGACAUGGCUCUGCUGGGAAACAGAGGCAUCAACCUGGUGGUCGGUGUCUUCACCAUGACAGCUACAUGGGUGGGAGGAGGCUUCAUCGUGGGGACGACGGAGGCCGUGUACGACCCGUCCCUGGGUCUGCUCUGGGCCGUGAUGCCGGUCACUGCCACCAUGUGUUUCAUCAUUGGUGGUCUGUUCUUCGCUGAACCCAUGAGGAACAACAAAUACGUCACCAUGAUGGAUCCUUUCCAGGUCAAGUACGGGAAAGUUCCCACAGCAGCUCUGUCAUUGGCCUGCCUGGUCUCAGAGGUCAUGUGGGUGACGGGAACACUGAUAGGCUUAGGCGUGACCAUGAGUGUGAUCCUGGACUUGUCCUACACUGUCAGCAUCUGGAUCUCUGCAGCCGUGGCGAUCACCUACACCCUGAUGGGUGGACUCUACUCCGUGGCCUACACCGACAUCAUCCAGCUCAUCCUCAUCUUUGUCAGUCUGUGGCUUUGCGUUCCCUUCGCCUUGAUAAAUCCUGCGGUGACGGACAUCACAGAGACAGCCAAAAAUUUUACCUUCCAGCCACCGUGGAUCGGAGCCGUGGAGGGAGACAGAGCGUGGCGGUGGAUCGAUAACUUCCUGCUGCUGGGACUAGGCAACCUGGGCCUUCAGAACUUCCACCAGAGGACGCUGUCUGCGUCUUCCUCAUCCACUGCCAAAAUUUGUUGCUACGCUGCUGCUGUCAUCGUCCCCCUGAUGGGAAUCCCACCCAUCCUGCUGGGAGCAGCUGCAGCUUCGACAAACUGGAACCUGACCUCUUAUGGAUCUCCGUCUCCGUUUGAGCGGGGUGAGACAGGCCUGGUCUUACCCAUCGUCCUGCAGCACCUCACCCCCACCUACAUCUCCAUCGUGGGCAUCGGUGCAGUGGCUGCAGCUGUGAUGUCAUCCACGGACUCCGCCCUGCUGUCGGCUGCGUCCAUCUUUACCUCCAACAUUUAUAAGACCAUCCUGAGGACGCAGGCCUCGGAGCAGGAGAUCCAGUGGGUGAUCCGGGCCUCGGUGGUGGUGGUGGGCCUGGCUGGAACCUCUCUGACCUUCCUGGACAACAGUGUCCUGAUGAUCUGGAUCCUGCGCUCAGACCUCACCUACACCCUGAUGCUGCCGCAGCUCGUCUGCGUCCUCUUCUUCGGCGUCUCCAACGGUUAUGGCGCCGUCCUGGGCUGUUUGUCCGGGAUCCUGCUGAGGGUUCUGAGUGGUGAGCCGCAACUGGGGAUCCCUCCUGUUGUCCAUUUCCCAGGGUGCACUCUGGUGAACGGCAUCUAUGUGCAGCAGUCUCCCGUCAGGACCAUCUGCAUGCUGUGGGCGGUGGCGGCCAUCUUGUUCUUCUCCUACAUGGCGUCGUUGCUCUUCAACAGAGGCUUCAUCCCUGAGACGUGGGACAUUUUUAACGUCAAAACUCAGACCGGGAUCAAAACCAAGAAACAGAACCAGGAAGUACAGACUGAGAAAUCUGAGGCUCAGGAACCCAUGAUAGAAUCUUCAUGUUAAAGGCAGUGUGAAGGUCUGACCAGUAGAGGGACUAACUUCUUAAAGAGUUUUAAUUGUCUUAUCGAAUCAGCGUCAUCAACUUUGGCUAACUAGUUAGCACUCCUUAGCUGGUUUUCAGGAAGUACAUGGUUUUUUUUUCAUAACUGCUAUGAAAUUCAGUCGCUAGCUGUUAGCCGACCUUCGUUUAUUUUUGUUAUGCUUAGCUGGCUUUAAAUAUUUUUCAACAUUUUAAUUGUAUUUUGAUUAAGUUUAAGCAGCAACUUUUUACUGACAUUUUUAGGCUAAUUCUCAGGUGCUAAAUACGUUUAAAUGUAGCUGAUUUUGAGCUAGUUCCACGGUAACUUGGAGUUACCUUUUUGAUUAUCCAUAUUUUUAUGCUAACUUCAUGCAGUUAACGUAACGUAUUGCUCACUUUAACAUAGUGAUGCUUUUACUAAAAAAAAAAUUUCAUCUGAGGUCUAGAACUCACUGUGCUAAUAGCCAUUAGCUCCAGUCCCAUAUAUAGUAAAAGUUAAAUAUAUUUUAGGAUUCAGAUUUUUUUUUAAUUCUUUAACUUUGAAACUGGACUUUGUAUAGUUAUCCAGUUACACGUAUGUACAAAGUACUUACAUAGGAUUCAUCUGCAGUUUUACGCAGCAUUUCUAAAACCUUUCUAUCACUGCCUCAUCUCUACAUUCAAGGGUGUUUUUUUACAGUUUUGAUUUAUGUCUUUGAUAAACUUUUAUUUCACGCACCAUUUAUGAAUAAAUAAAAACAUCGUGUCACAGUAUUUCUCUGUGGACGACGUGUCACUCUCAUCAUGUAUCACUAUGUGAUGUUAUCAACCGUAAUCCCCGGACACACAGAUAAACUUCUAUUAUAAGACUGAGCGCCUUCUAAACUCCGCCUCCUCUGUCUGCAGCAGCACAGCUGAAGAUUACAACCUGUCUGUCUGUCUCCCUAUAUAUAAAUGGAGUUUCAGACUUGAUCUGAGCAAACGCAAUUAAAAUCAUCUAGUCGGUGGAGAUAAGACGCCACCAGCUGGUCAACUGCUUGAACAAAAAUGUCCCAACCAUAAAGAAAGACCACUUCAAAAACAAACUUACAUGAA